GUCUCGGUGUCUCCAGAUGUUGACCUGGUCUCCAUUACAUGCUGCUCUGAACAGCUGACGUCUGAACUGAUUCUCACCUUUGUGUUUUGGAUUAUUUCCCCUCCGUGUCUCAGAUGAAGGUGGAGGGUCUUCAGGAGGACGGGGAGUCUGGUUCUGUGUCCUCAGCAGACCGGACCUCCUCCUCCUCCGGCGGGGUGGUCGGUACCGGCGGGUCGGUCGGGUCGGUCUGCAGCCCCGGCUCGGCUGAGCGCUGCAUGUCCCGGCUGCUGAGCGCCGUGGAGAGCGAGCUGCAGGCCGGACGGGAGAAGGGCGACCCGACGGAGAGGGAGCUCCGGGUGAUGCUGGAGGACGCCGAGCUGUGGAGGAAGUUCCAGCUGAUCACCAACGAGAUGAUCGUCACCAAGAACGGACGCCGUAUGUUCCCGGUCCUGAAGGUCAGCGUGUCCGGUCUGGACCCCAGCUCCAUGUACUCCUUCCUGCUGGACUUCGUGCCGGCCGACGGCUGCCGCUGGAAGUUCGUGAACGGGGAGUGGGUGGCGGCGGGCCGGGCGGAGGGCCGCGGCGAGGGGCGGGGCCACGGCGGCAUCUACAUCCACCCGGACUCCCCGAACUUCGGCGCCCACUGGAUGAAGGCGGCCGUGACCUUCAACAAGGUCAAACUCACCAACAAGGUCAACGGAGGAGGACAGAUCAUGCUGAACUCGCUCCAUAAGUACGAGCCUCAGCUCCACAUCGUGUGCGUCGGCUCCCGUCAUCGGCUCGUCUCCAACGUUUCCUUCAAAGAGACGCAGUUCAUCGCCGUCACCGCCUACCAGAACGAGGAGAUCACGGCUCUGAAGAUCAAGUACAACCCGUUUGCUAAAGCCUUCCUGGACGCUAAAGAGAGAGAACCCAGGGGGAGGGGUUUACCGGAGUCGUCAGAGAGUCGUGUUGGGAUUCAACCCUGCUGGUCGCUGUGCUCAGCCGGAGGGGGCGGGGCUUUCCCCUACGCUGGCGGCCUCCCACUGACUUCACACCAUCACCACGGUUACAAACACCACGGUUACCCGGGACGACACACACCUUACCCCUCCUACCUGCCUCACCGCUCACACUCCUCAGUGUGUCUGUCUGAAGGAGUUCAGGUGUUAACCGACGGGUGGAGCAGCUCCUCCCCUCGUCACUCCUCCUCCUCCUCCUCCUCUUUGUCCUCCUCCACCAACAACGCUCCUUCAUCACAGCCGCCUCCUCCUCCUCACAACUCCAGUCAGUAUCCCUGUCUGUGGACGGUUGGAUGCAGUGAGCUAAGCCCCUCCCACUCACCCUGCUCGGCUCUCCACGGACCAAUCAGCAGCGAGAGCCUCAUGCAGCCACCCAGUCACGGUCGAGUGGGCGUGGCUGGAUGGCCACCCGGCCCCGCCCACUCUUUCUGAGGAGGGAUGUGAUUGGCCGAAAUGGAAAUGAAGACCAAUGGUGAUAACUGCUGCCCAGUGAAUACUACUGAGUAUCAGUGUGUUUUAGUACAUACAACUACAU